CUCUCCAUAAAAUAAUUUUUGAAAUUUACGUUACAUUAUAAGACAAUUUUUUUAUUUUUGUAUAGUAUAUUUUCCAGAAAUUGAAUCAAAAGAUCUCUUUAUUGUACAACUCAAGAUGUUAGACGUUUAUUAAAGGAAGUCGAAUUUAACCAAUUAAACUCUGAAAUAUGUUUUAAAUUAUAUUUAAAGAACGAAGUAUGGAUUCUUUAUUUUCCAAAAAAAUUAACUUUGGAGAAUUGUACUUUUCACUUAAAUGCAAAAGUGAUGCAUUAAUAUAUCUGAAUAUUACCCCUGAAAACCAAGAUUCAUUAAAUUCAGCCUAUGAAAUCAAAAUAGGCUCUAACAAUAACAGUCAAACUACCAUUAAAAAAGAUGAUUCUACAUAUAUUACAGUUGAUACAUCAAACAUUUUGGAUAACCAAGAAAAAAAAUUAUUUUGGAUAAAAUGGGGUGCAGGAUUUUUAUCAGUUGGUAAAAAUUUGGACAAAGAUUCAUUCAUAAAGUGUUCAUUUCAAAAUAUAAAACAUGUUUAUUGGUUAAAUUUUCAAUCGUAUUAUGAUGCUGAAUGGGUAAUUUAUAAACCUCCUACCUAUAAAAAAGAACUAAUUGUGUUGCAUUCUGGUCCAUGUAAAAAUAAUAAAUUACAAAGUGUUGAAAUGAAUUUUGGUAUGAUUUGCUUAAAUGUUUUUGGACCAAAAUUUAGAACAAAGUUGUGCUCAAGUUUAAUAGAUGACAAAAUGAAAGAAUUAUAUGAGGUAGAAAUUAAUACAUUUGAAUCAUGUUUAAUAAAAAACUACAAAACUAGUGAUUCUAAAAAUAUAACAAAAACUUACUUUUCUCCAAUACAUAAAGAAAAUAUCAGAAAUAUAUCAAAAUCACAGCAGCCUAUUUGUUUUUGGUUAAGCUGGUUUGACAGGUGCCUAACAAUGGGUAUUGAAAAUGACAAUGAACCCAUAAUAAGUAGCAAACUUCUAUCUUUAGAUUUCCACAUAGAUUGUAUUUGCAUAAUGUCAAAAUGGUCUUCCAUGGGAUUUUUCAAAGUUUAUUCUACAAAAUGGCAUGGUAUUAACUCACCAACUGAACAUGUUACUUCUAUACCUGAAAUUGAAGAAAGGCAUAUUGAAUCAGAAAUUGAACAAUUCCGUUUUAAUUUCGAGAGACCUGUUUGGGUUGUAAUCAAUAAAACUGAACUAGAACAUUACAUAUGUGCUGCAAUUUUUGGAAUAACAAUCAAUUCGUCUAAUAAAAUAAUUGAAAACUACAAUAAUUUAAAAAAAGAACAUUGUAAAUGUGUUAUUGAACUAAUUAAUAAAUAUUAUGAUAGUGAAAACUACACUUUAGGAUUGACUCUAGUUCAUUACUACGUAAAAUCUGUGAAGCUUAUUAAUCUUUUAUUAAGAAUAUAUUUAGAUGGUGGAUCGAUAUCAUUUAUAGACUUAUCAACUAUAACAUUCUAUAAAAAUUUUUCAACUUAUAUUAUACACUUAAAUAAAUUAAGAAAAGAAAAUCUAAAUCAAAUUAACCAAUUGGAUAGUAUUCAUUAUCCAUCACAAGGAAUUUAUAUUGAUAAUUUGCCUUUAAUUAAAAGUGAGUUUUCCAACGAUGUUAACUGCUUUUUAGAAGACUUACCGAAUUUAAAUAAACCGAAAUCACGUGAAAGUGCUUUUUUUGCUGUACAAGAGCAUGUUGUUAAUCAAAAAAUAUUUCGAACUUGGUUUCCAGAGGUUGAAAAUACAAUGUAUUCAACUUACAGUACUUACAAAGAUGGGCUUGUUACAAAUUUCUUUUUGCUUGGUGGAAACAAAAAUGAAGUAGAAAACCUUAUAAAAUCUAUAGUUUCUUAUGAAUCAUUCUAUUCUGAAAAAUCAUCAUUACUAUACACUACAAUAAAAAAAUCGAAAAUUUUUGAUAACUUAAAUAUAUCCUACUUGUUUUGUACAAAAUUUAUAAUACCAAAACCAGUUAAUAAUAGUCCUUAUUUAAAUUGUCCAUUAUUAUUAAUUCAAUUGAGUUAUACAAGAAUAUAUGAAAAUUACUUUUAUUUUUUGAAAUUUCCAGAACGUUUUAUUGUCAUAGCUUCGGAUGUUAUGUCAUUUCUUCUUAGUGAAAUAAAGAGUCAAUGUUUGAAUCUACAUUUCCAGGUUCUUUGUUGUGUAAAUGGAAUAAAUAUAAAAUGCAAUCAUCCUGUGAAAAAAGAAGUUUAUUCUUAUAUAAUGUUGAAUUUUACUAUGAGAUUGGCAAAAAUAGCUAAAGAACCAUAUUUUAUUUACUAUAGUUAUUUUAUCGAACUUUUGUCUCAGUUUUCAUUAAUUAUCAAUAAAGUAAUCAGUUCUCUAAAAACUCAUUUAACCACAAAACUCAUUGAAUUUUGUGCUAAUUGGAUUAUUGAGAAAAUGAUAACUAUUUUUCAAUGUUAUGAAGAAUCAAAAAUAUCAGUAACAACAAUUUGUGGGACAUUUAAUGAAGUAGAGUUCAAUAAAGAAUUUUGCUCUAUUUAUAAUAUUAAAUUUUAUUCAGUUGAUUCAGUAAUUAAUCAUGUAUUUAGUUCUACAUUGAAUGACAUCACCUCAUUAAUAAACGAUUUCAAUUCCAGUUUUUUCCAAACAACUAUAAGGAUUUUAGAACCAAUUGAACCAAAUGUCAGUGCUACAUUUUUUUAUAAGGUUCCGGCAAAAUCGGGCCCAAGGGUUUACAGAAUAGUAGCAUCAAAAAAAUUCCCAAAGUUAAAUUUUUCAAAUCAUUUAGUUUUCAAAAGAUUUGAUAGUGAGAAUUUAGUUUAUUUAUGGUCAGAUGAUGAUUGUGAAUAUCCUUUGGUGUUGUUUAAAUUUGAAAAAAAUGGAAUUUAUGAGUGUGGUAUAGUUAUAUUCUUAAAAUUAAUUGAAGCAAUGUCAUUCAAUCCAUAAUAUAUAUUUUUAUUUAAAAAAUAAAUUUGCUUGUUUUACUGUUGUUAAUAAUUAAUAAUUAUUAUUAGAUGUUUAUUUUAAAUUAUUUAUUUAGUGUAUAUAUUAAUUUUUAAUUAGUUAAUCUUAUUUAUAAACAAAAUCUAUUGAAUUUUUUUGUCAAUAAAACACACAUGGAAAGUUU